AUGGAAGUUUACAUCAACGACAUGCUCGUCAAAUCCCUCACUGCCAACAACCACAUCAAACAUUUAACAACUUGUUUCGAAAGCCUCAACAAUGUUCUGGUUCGCGAAGACCGUGGGGAGCAGCGUCCAAUCUUCUACACCAGCAAGGUUCUCGACAACGCCGAAACAAGAUACUCACCACUCAAAAAACUCGCCUACGCCGUAGUUGUCGCAGCACGCAAACUCAGGCCGUAUUUUCAAUCCCACACCAUCCACGCAGUCGAGCUCAGCGAAUACGACGUCGAGUUCAAAAGCAAAACAUGUGCAAAGUCUCAGGUGUUAGCAGAUUUUCUGACCGAGCUACCUCCAUCCCAAUACGACGACGAUCUCAACACCAAGAAUUGGUGUCUCUACGUCGACGGCUCAUCUUCACGAAACGGAUCAGGUGUUGGAAUACGACUCAUAUCUCCUACCAGUGAGAUCAUCGAGCAGUCUUUUCGCCUCGCUUUCCCAGCUUCCAAUAACGAAGCUGAAUACGAAGCUCUCAUCGCUGGUCUCCGUCUUGCAAAAGCGGUUGGUGUGAACAAGAUAGAAACUUUCUGCGACUCUCAACUCGUCGCCAAUCAAUUCAGCAGUGAAUACGAGACGAGAAAUGACCGAAUGAAUGCUUACUUACAGGUUGUCCAAAAACUUUCCCAGGAUUUCACCAACUUCACCCUCACCAAAAUUCCCCGAAGCGACAAUUCCUCCGCCGACGCUCUCGCCGCUUUAGCAUCAACCUCUGAUCCUUUGCUCAGAAGAAUGAUUCCAGUGGAAAGCAUCGAUAAACCGAGUAUCGAAUUAGUCAUGGGAGUCAACAUCAUAGAUGACCUCGACGAAGAGAUGGACGACACCAACGAGAUGAACGAACCUACACCCGAAAAAGAAGUUGAGGAUUUAAUCGAUUGGCGCGAUGAAAUCAAACUCUACAUUACCGAGGAAACAACACCAGACAACCGCUGGGCCGCACGACGCUUGAAAGCUCGAUGCGCACACUAUGUCAUGAACGACAACGUCCUCUUCAAAUGGAGCUCGACCAAAGCAUUACUGCGGUGCAUACAUGGUCAAGAAGUUAGAUGGGUCCUCGAAGAGACACACGAAGGCGCAGGUGGUAAUCAUUCAGGGGGACGAGCCUUAGCCAUUAAAAUCAAGUGA